AUGUCGAUCGUUGAUGCUUGCAAGCCCGCGGCUGUGGCUUAUCAUCCUGGUUUGUGCUUGAUGCAAGACUUCUGGAUCCGCAUCACUCGACGAGAGUCCAACGAUCCUGCGCAGUUUGCUUCCAGCGGCGCUGACUGGGACUGGGAGAGCCUUUGGAGACUGCUGUGGCCCAGUAAGUGA